AUGAACAACGCAGACCUCAGUUCGGUUUUGAAAUGUGCACAGCGGAUAAAAUUAAAAAGCUGGCCUAUCCAUCGUUUAAUCUUGACGGAUAAUGUAUAUAAUCCGCUGCAUCGAAUUACGGACGAUCAGUUCGAGUCUACGUUUCAGAUUAAUUAUCUCUCCAACUUCUAUUUCAUCAUCCUCCUCAGUCCAAUUCUCAUCACUUCCACCCCCUGUCGAAUUAUCGUUAUCAGUUCAGAAAUUCACAGACUGUUGAAAGUAGCAUGGCCUUCGAAUCCGAAGCUCACGUGGAAGGUGCUAUCACCUACUCACACGUUGCACAUGAACUCGCCGCUGCAGGCGUACCUAAUUUCCACGUGGUGCAAUCGACUGAUGGUCAGGAAGCUGAAUUCAGUUCUGAACGACAGUGCUGUCACAGCCUACGCCGUUCAUCCAGGGUUGAUGAGGAACGAAAAUGAACAUGAACUGGAUUACGCGCGAAGUCACGGUCGGAUGUAUAGGAUCUUCAGCGUUCUUCUUAAAUCAACGGUAAUCUGCCAUACCUCAAACGUUUCCUCUGCCAAAUGUCCGUUUUACCGCACAAUUCAACGCACAUCUCUUAACGUUGGCCAUAGCAGACGACCACCUUUUAGGCAUCAAAAGUUCACUGUUUGAAA